AUGGACAUCGUGCAGGCCGUCUCCGGCUACAUCACCAAGAUGGUGUCGGUCGGAGACAGCGCUGCGACAGGUACAACGGCGGCCAAGAUGAAGAUUCUCUUACUCGACAAUGAGACUGUAUCGAUUGUAUCCUCAGCGACAACUCAGUCCGCCCUCCUUACCCAUGAAGUCUACCUCACCGAUCGAAUCGAGAACCAGAAUCGAGAGAAGAUGCGGCAUCUGCGUUGCUUGUGCUUCGUACGACCGUCGCCUGAGUCCAUACAGAGCUUAAUUGAGGAGCUUCGGGAACCCAAAUAUGGCGAAUACAACAUAUAUUUCAGCAACGUCAUCAAAAAGUCCUCAUUAGAACGACUUGCGGAGGCAGACGACCAUGAGGUUGUACGCGCUAUCCAAGAGCAUUUCGCAGACUUCUUCGUUAUCAACCCAGACCUCAUGUCUCUGAACCUCAGCUUUCCCGACCACAGGGUCUGGAGUACGAGUCCAGAUGCGUGGAAUCAGCAUUCCCUGCAGCGAUCAACCGAAGCCGUUCAGGCACUACUUCUUGCACUAAAGAAGAAGCCGCUAAUCCGAUACCAGAAGAACAGUCUUCUUGCGAAGAAGUUAGCGACUGAGGUGCGAUACAACAUGACUCAGGAGGAACAGUUGUUUGAUUUCAGGAAGACUGAUACACCACCCAUCUUGCUCAUUGUCGAUCGCAGAGAUGAUCCAGUUACACCUCUACUCACACAAUGGACCUAUCAAGCAAUGGUUCACGAACUACUUGGCAUCAGUAACGGCAGGGUGGACUUGCGUGACGUGCCGGAGAUACGCCCAGAGAUGAAGGAGAUUGUUCUUUCACAAGAUCAAGAUCCGUUUUUCAAGAAGAACAUGUACCUGAACUUCGGAGACCUGGGUCAGAACGCAAAGGAGUAUGUUGAGCAGUUCGCUUCCAGACAACAAGGCACUCAGAAGCUCGACUCAAUCGCAGAUAUGAAACGCUUUAUCGAAGACUUCCCAGAAUUCCGCAAACUAUCAGGCAACGUCACGAAGCACGUAACCCUGGUUGGUGAGCUGAGCAGAAGAGUUGGCGAAGAGAGUUUAUUGGACGUCAGCGAGCUGGAGCAGAGUCUUGCGUGCCAGGACAAUCACUCAAACGACGUCAAGUCGCUACAGAAGAUCAUACAAGACCCCAAAAUCCCCGCAAACAACAAGCUGCGGCUCGUUGCAAUUUACGCGCUGCGGUACCACAAGAACUCUUCCAACUCAACUGCCAUGUUACUAGAUUUGCUGGCCGUUGCAGGAGGCCUUUCACGGAAUCGCAUCAACGUGAUCACACAAUUACUCACAUACCACGACUCAUUGCCAUCUGCUGCUGCGACAGGAGGCAUGCCAGAACUCUUCCAACCAGGCUCAUUCUUUGGCGGUGCAAGGGACCGGUUCAAGGGCCUGAAGGGUGUCGAAAAUGUGUACACCCAGCACUCGCCUAGGUUGGAAACAACAGUGCAGGACAUGAUUAAAGGGCGCCUAAGCCUGCAGCUCUACCCGUUCGUGGAAGGAGGAGGGACAACCAAGGACAAACCUCAAGACAUAAUCGUGUUUAUGGUAGGCGGGACAACCUACGAAGAAGCCAAAAUGGUAGCGCAGGUCAACGCGAGUUCUCCCGGCGUUCGUGUCGUUCUCGGAGGAACUACAGUGCAUAACAGCAGCUCUUUCUUGGAAGAAGUCGCGGAUGCGGUCGAGUCUUGGCCUGAGCCUCCAGCCACUUCAGCUGCUGCUCGGUUACGGCGGGAAGUAGGCAGGUAAUGACCUCGCCACUGCUGGCUGGGCCCACGGCCGCCCGGCCCAUUUACCAAGGGUCUUGUCCAGUUAAUUCGUCGGAGUCGGAUGAAAAGGUCGUGUCGUGACGGGUUAGCAGCCCGGACUUCUGGUGUUGGCUGUUCGAAAUCGUGGCGGUCCGGCAGAACGCGGGUUGGCUUGCCUUAAUCUUACCAUCUCGUCAGGCUCUCGCGGCCGACGUUCCCAGCAACUGGUGCCAUAAAUCCCUCAAGUGAUGUUGGAAUAUGCACUGUGAUGUCUGCCAUAACAUUUGUGGACACGACAGUCGUGUGCUGCUCCAAUCGGGGUUGCUUUGUACCCGUCGUGAGUAAGGUGGGGGCAUGAGGCUCCUGCAAAUAGCGACUACAGGACCCGUCGCAUGUUCGCGUGGGUCAUGCCCGGUAGAGCUAGCCUGUGGAAAAUAGUCAACUGUAUACAUAUGCAUCGUGGUACCUGCGUCGCUCCGAC